AUGCCUUCUCAACUCUCCAGCUGGUUCGCGCGCCACUGCACGCCCCCGCCGCCUCUCAACACAUCGUCGACAUGCCCCUGCGCCAACUGCUACAACCUUGGCACCGACGUCGUGGCCCAGCAACAAAGGCAGCGGCAACACCAGCAGCACCAGCAGCAGCAACAACAACAGCAACAGUUCAUCCGCCUCCUCGACGACGAGAGCCGUAGGUCCAGCACUACAACGGCGGCAGACUCCGAUGCCCUCUCCGUCAGCAGCGCCGCCGACAAGCCCGGCACGACGAUAACGACCACGACACACAUUGAGCGCGUGACGCCGCAGUAG